UGGGAUGCGGGGAGCAGUUGGGCCAAGAUGGCGACCGCCGAGGGAUCCUCAGGCGACGGCGAGCUGUGGCAGACCUGGCUUCCUAACCACGUCGUGUUCUUGCGGCUCCGGGAGGGACUGAAAAACCAGAGUCCAGCCGAGGCCGAGAAGCCGGCUUCUUCAUCAUUGUCUUCGUCGCCGCCGCCGCUGCCGCCGCCGCCGCAGUUGCUGACGAGAAACCUGGUCUUGGGCCUCGGCGGAGAACUCUUCCUGUGGGACGGGGAAGGCAGCUCUUUCCUAGUGGUUCGCCUCCGGGGCCUCGGCAGCGCGGGGGAGGAGCCCUCACUCUCCCAGUACCAGAGAUUGCUUUGCAUAAACCCACCCCUGUUUGAAAUCUACCAAGUCUUACUAAGUCCAACGCAACAUCACAUAGCACUUAUAGGAAUAAAAGGACUUAUGAUAUUAGAAUUACCUAAAAGAUGGGGGAAGAAUUCUGAAUUUGAAGGUGGAAAAUCAACAGUGAAUUGUAGAAUUUACUCUCUACGUGAGCCCCAGACACCCACUAAGGUCAUCGUACUUUCAGAAGCAGAAGAGGAAAGUCUAAUACUCAAUAAAGGGAGGGCAUAUACUGCAUCUCUAGGAGAAACAGCAGUUGCAUUUGACUUUGGGCCAUUGGCAGCCAUCCCGAAGAAUAUUUUUGGACAAAAAGGCAAAGAUGAAGUAGUGGCAUACCCACUGUACAUCUUAUAUGAGAAUGGGGAGACUUUCCUUACAUAUGUUAGUCUGUUACACAGCCCUACGAAUAUCGGAAAGCUGUUGGGUCCAUUGCCUAUGCAUCCUGCGGCUGAAGAUAACUAUGGUUAUGAUGCUUGUGCUAUACUCUGCCUACCCUGUGUCCCCAACAUCUUAGUGAUUGCUACCGAGUCAGGAAUGCUCUAUCACUGUGUUGUGCUCGAAGGCGAAGAAGAAGAUGACCAAACAUCAGAAAAGUCCUGGGAUUCCAGGACCGACCUCAUUCCUUCUCUGUACGUGUUUGAGUGUGUGGAGUUGGAGCUUGCCCUGAAACUGGCGUCUGGAGAGGAGGAUCCCUUUGAUUCCGACUUCUCUUGUCCAAUCAAACUUCACAAAGAUCCCAAGUGUCCCUCAAGAUAUCACUGUACUCAUGAAGCUGGUGUACAUAGUGUUGGACUAACUUGGAUUCAUAAACUUCAUAAAUUUCUUGGAUCAGAUGAAGAAGAUAAGGAUAGUUUACAGGAACUUGCUACGGAACAGAAAUGCUUUGUGGAACACAUCCUUUGUACAAAGCCAUUGCCAUGCAGGCAGCCAGCUCCGAUUCAAGGGUUCUGGAUUGUCCCUGACAUCCUGGGGCCCACGAUGAUCUGCAUCACCAGCACCUAUGAAUGCCUCAUAAGGCCUUUAUUAAGCACAGUCCAUCCUGCGUCUCCUCCCCUGCUUUGUACUCAAGGAGAUGUUGAAGUGGCAGAGUCUCCCCUCCGAAUUCUAGCUGAAGCCCCGGAUUCCUUUGAAAAGCAUAUAAGAAGCAUUUUGCAACGCACUGUUGCAAAUCCAGCAUUUUUGAAAUCAUCUGAAAAAGAUACAGCCCCUCCUCCUGAAGAAUGUCUUCAGCUCAUCAGCAGAGCCACCCAGGUGUUCAGAGAGCAGUACAUUCUUAAACAGGACCUGGCCAAGGAGGAGAUUCAGCGGAGGAUCAAAUUAUUAUGUGACCAAAAAAAGAAACAACUUGAAGAUCUCAAUUAUUGUCGAGAGGAAAGGAAAAGUUUGCGGGAAAUGGCUGAGCGCUUAGCUGACAAAUAUGAGGAAGCCAAGGAAAAACAAGAAGAUAUCACAAACAGGAUGAAAAAAGUACUUCACAGUUUUCAUUCUCAGCUUCCAGUUCUCUCUGAUAGUGAGAGAGACAUGAAGAAAGAAUUACAGUUGAUACCUGAUCAACUUCGACAUUUGGGCAAUGCCAUCAAACAGGUUACCAUGAAAAAAGACUAUCAGCAGCGCAAGAUGGAAAAGAUACUGAGUCCUCAAAAACCCACCAUUACCCUCAGUGCCUACCAGCGGAAAUGCAUUCAGUCCAUCCUGAAGGAGGAGGGUGAACACAUAAGAGAAAUGGUGAAGCAGAUUAAUGAUAUCCGAAAUCAUGUCAACUUCUGACACCACCAGGAACAGUCGCACCUGAAGUUAACACAAGUGAAGGCUUGAGCUCAAACUGUAAAACAAGCCAGUAGCAUUAUCUAUUUAUAAAGAGGCAUUUGGAUGAGCUUUGGUGUUAUAUUGUUCAUCAUUUUCAUACUUUAAUUAUUGAAUAAAUGCUUUUACUUAAAAAUUGGAAUGUGCCUUA